GAUGUAAUUUCCAACUUAUAAACCCACAAAUAUUAUAAUGGAUCCACGAGUCGGGUUCCUAUAUAAACCACCUUGCUGAGCACAGAAGCAGAAUAAUAAUACAAGAAACCCCGCCAUUCCCAGUUGCCGAUGCUCAUAAAAACAUUACCAGAACCCCCCACCAACUCAUCACCUCAGACACGAACCUUCCUCUCCAUUUUCCUAUGCUGAUUUAAGAUAACCAAUUUUAACGUACCCUCAACCACCUUUCCCCAUUUCCCUUAAACCCACCACCUUCCAUUCCUUCUCCAAAACCUAAGUUCCUAGCUACAUGAUUCACGAUCAAGCACCCGCCAAGUACGCCCUCAAUGGCAAGAUCAUGCUCUGCUCGGUUAUUAUUCUCUUCCCUGUCAUCUUCGUCGUCCUCUGCUUCCACAGCUACGUCCGACUCUGCUUCAGCCGCGAACAGCCCCUCCGCCGCCGCCGCCGCCGCCGUCAGCGACGCGUCUUCUCUCAUAAUAAUAUCAUUCCGCCCGCGGUAGGAUUCUCUAGCAACGUAUCUCAGAAGGGCUUGGAUUUCUCAAUUCUCAAGACGCUGCCUAGCUUUUUUUACGACGUGUCAACUCACGAACUGGAGCAGCUAGACUGCCCUGUGUGCCUGUCGGAGUUCGAGGACGGAGAGCGAGGACGAGUGUUGCCGAACUGUAAGCACGCGUUUCAUAUAGAGUGCAUAGACACUUGGUUCAAGUCAAACACCAACUGCCCGCUUUGUAGAUGUCAUGUUCGGCAGGAUACUCCGCACGAGGUUGUGAUCACGGUGAGUGGAGAACCGGCCAGUUCUAGAAGCGACGAAGAGGGUGAAGACAAAAUGGGUUCGCCGUCGACGAGGUUUCCGGUGGAGGAGUGUGGGAGGAGGCCGUUGGAUCUAGUGGGGAUGGCGACGGAUGAUAGAGUAAGGAAUUUUGGGUGGGCGAAAAGUCAUGGGGUGAAAUGUUCUGGAGAUCAGACUGCAUCGUUAAAGAGGAUUUGGAGCAUAUAGAUCAGCAUAAGCUUUGAUCGAUCUCGAUCCAUUUGGGUGUGGGCAUGGGCGGCGCUACUUGCAGUGACCAAAACAGAGUGGCGGUUUCUUUUGUUUUUGUUUAGCUAGUGGUUUUAUUUUUCCUUUUCUCCUAGGGACAACUC